AUGAAGUUCCUCGUUCUAGUAUUAGCGGUGGUGCCUAUUUACGCCACUGGCGAUGUGUUUGGCGACCUUUUGGGACAAGAAUUUCACGUAUCCAUUGACCACGUGCGCGAGAGAAGGCAGGCUCAGAAAUAUAAUCCAGUGAAUCAAGCCCCAGCUCACAUACAGCAGCUUCUCCAGGCACAGAGCGCAACUCCACCCUUGGUCCACAUUCCCCAACAGCCAGUCCCGAGGUUUGGACCCCCACAGGCGGCACAGGGUCCACAGUACCGACCACAACCCGCAUAUGGUGGCCAGCAACCGAACUACAGAAAUCCAAACGGCCCUCAACAGGCUCCGCAGCCUCAACAACCACAGUACCGUCCUCUUCCCGCUAAUUAUGCUCAGCAAAUUCAACAACAAAGCUACGCACCUCAGCGUGGUCCACAGCGCGGUCCUCAGCAAGGCUCGAAGUUACCGGCUCACAUUCAACAGCUGUUGCAGUAUCAGAGCAAUUUGGGCAACGCGAUCCCUUAAAAGGGAUUAAAGAAGAUUCGAGACGCCGGAGUUGGGUAGUCAUCACUUUGGAAUUACAGAGUAAUCAUUAAUCAUAAACCGCAUUUGUAAUCCGCAAAUCAUGAAUCAGUAAUUUGUAUCUUGCACAGCUUGUCAUGUCUGAUUAUCCGUUAAGUAUUUCCGGCACUGGUGUGAUGUUUUGAGAAGAAGAGCCUUAUGGUGUUUUUAAAGCUUCCUGAGUUUCAUUUCGGUCUCUCAUC